AUGGAUUAUCAAAAAAUCAACCAAGCCACCUCUCCUCUUGGCCCUGGCAAGGGUGAUAGCGACCGAGCCCGAAUACGUACUAGUACCAGAUUGCGCACAUUUACAACUCCGGUGGUGACCAACUUAAUUUUACUCCUGUCUCACUUCACGAAACCGAGGCAAUGCAUUACCAGUCGUUUCUUCGCUGACUCAACGAGUAACAAAGAAAACGAUUGGACUUUCCAUAGAAAAGAGUUUAUUGGGGAAGAGGAUGACAGGAAAAUGUUGAAAAAUGCCAUUUUUUUCAAUGAGCCCCGGAAUCCGAUAGUAUUUUGCAGCGGUCUGGGAUAUAAUAAUCUACACGAAGAUGCAAUAGAACCGAGCUAUCAACUAUCAAACUCGUCCCCAAACAGCGGGUUGCGUGGGUUUCAAACACCCACAUAUAAAGCAGAGUCGCCUAGAGCAUUCGGCUUGUUCAGUGCUAGCGGGCUCGAGCUUAGAGAUUUCGCUUUUCGCUAG